GAAUGAUUCGGAUUCACCAUGUGCUCUGUGGCGCGUCUGGACCCUCUCCACACCUGACUGAUCCAACAUCACACACUUUCAGAGAUACACAAGAACACAACAAAAACAACCAAGAUGAUUCUUCUUCUGGUGGUGGCUUUGGGGCUCGCAGGAGCAUCUCCCCUGCAGGACGGCAACGUGUGCCAGCCUCACUCCAGACCCUGGCAGGUCUAUCUGCAUGGUGGAGGAGUGUCCUGCAGUGGAGCGCUCAUCGACACAUGGUGGAUAGUAACCUCCUUUGAAUGUGCACCCAAAUCCUACAGCACCAUUGCAUCUCUCGGGGAACAUGACGUGACCGUGGAUGAGGGCACCGAGCAGCACGUUCACGUCGCUGACGUAAUCAUUCACAGUCCCCACCGCUCCCCGUUGAACAGCCUCACGAUGGUCCGCCUGGCCGAACCCGCCCGCUUCACCCGGCAUGUCCAGCCCAUACCUCUGCCCAGCCGCUGCCCGCAGCCUGGAGAGUCUUGCCAUGUAAGUGGCUGGGGAUCGACUUUCCCAAAUCAACAUGAGACUUCUCAACGCCUGAAGUGCAUAUCUGUGCCGGUUGUGGACGACCAGACUUGCAUGAACACGUUCCCUGACUUCCUGUUCUGGAGCCAUGGCAUGGUCUGCGCCGGACGAGCAAACACAGAUAACUGCAUGAAUGAUGCUGGCAGCGUGAUGGUGUGUGAUGGCCAGCUGCAGGGUGUGCAGUGGUUGAGGCACGGCUGCAGAGACCCAGCUGACCCCAGCGUCUACACCAAGCUGUGCAUGUACAAUAAGUGGAUCAGAGAUGUGAUGGGCCGCUACGCACCCACUCUGCCAGCUCACACCGCUCCAUUGAUGAUGCCCUGAGGCAGCAGACAGACACGUAUUAACAGAUUAAAUGUAAAACACUAUAAAACACUUUUAUAAACAUGAAAACAAGACUUGACCCCAAAGUUUAGGGGUUGACCUUUCAGCCAAUUAAGCAACAUCACUAUUGCAUUUGGUAAAAGUGAUACUAUAUCUUCAAUUCACGGACAUAAAUAUCCAAAAGUAUUCAUGAACAUUACGCAGCGGGCUCAAAUGCAAAUCCUACACUCGGCUACCAAAAAAGAAUUAAGCAAAAAAUCUGUAUGCAAACUCAAAACUGUAGAU